GAGAGUGCUGCAGCGAGUCUCAUAAGACCCGUCGUGGGAGGAGUUGAGCAUCACUGCUUGUCUCUCGUCUCCUGUUUUCUCUCUCUUUAUCUCCCUGCGUUGUUUUAGAGCUGUGACAGCGGGCGUCGCUUGUCCGGCCUUGGGCUUGAAAGUCACCUUAGACUUGUUCCUUCAUCGCCAGCGUCAUUCCGUCCUCAAUUCCUGCUUGUUUGCUACUAUUGAGGGAAUAUGGCGCACGCUGCAGCGAGCAUCAAAAAGGCCCGGGUGGAGAUGGAGCAAGGUCCUGACCUGAAGGCUUUGGAGAAAGCCCGCGAGAAAAGGAGGCGCUCGCGAGAAAGAGCUGAGCGCAGGCGUAAGUCGGACAGCAACACCAGUUUCCUUCGAGCAGCAAGAGCUGGAAAUAUCGACAAGGUGCUGGAGCUUCUGAAGGGGGGCGUCGACAUCUGUACUUGCAACCAGAAUGGCCUCAACGCUCUGCACCUGGCUGCAAAGGAGGGGCAUAUUGAGCUGGUCGAGGAGCUGCUGGAGAGGGGGUCUUCAGUUGAUUCUGCUACCAAGAAAGGAAACACGGCUCUGCACAUCUCUUCACUAGCAGGACAAGGAGAAGUUGUGAAGCUCCUGGUCAAGAGAGGAGCAGACAUUAAUCUACAGUCUCAGAAUGGAUUCACUCCCCUGUACAUGGCCUCUCAAGAAAACCAUCUAGACGUGGUGCGAUAUCUGUUGGAGAAUGGUGGAAACCAGAGCACAUCUACAGAGGAUGGCUUCACACCCCUAGCUAUUGCACUUCAACAAGGCCAUAAUCAGGUGGUGUCCAUCCUUCUGGAGAACGACACAAAGGGCAGAGUCCGCCUGCCUGCCCUACACAUCGCUGCCCGCAAGGACGACACCAAAUCUGCCGCCCUGCUGCUCCAAAACGACCACAAUGCAGAUGUUCAGUCGAAGAUGAUGGUUAAUAGAACUACUGAGAGUGGAUUUACACCGCUGCAUAUUGCUGCUCACUAUGGUAACGUAAAUGUGGCGACACUGCUGCUCAAUCGAGGGGCGGCUGUGGACUUCACUGCAAGGAAUGGGAUCACUCCACUUCAUGUUGCGUCUAAGCGGGGAAACACUAAUAUGGUACAUCUGCUGUUGGACAGAGAAGCACAGAUUGAUGCCAAAACAAGAGAUGGCCUCACACCUCUACACUGUUCAGCAAGGAGUGGGCACGACACCGCAGUAGAGCUUCUACUGGAGAGAGGAGCCCCCAUGCUGGCCAGAACCAAGAACGGUUUAUCUCCUCUCCACAUGGCAGCGCAGGGUGACCAUGUGGAGUGUGUGAAGCACCUGCUGCAGCACAAGGCACCUGUUGAUGAUGUCACACUGGACUACCUGACCGCCCUACAUGUUGCCGCCCACUGUGGUCACUACAGAGUCACCAAACUUCUCCUGGACAAGAGAGCUAAUCCGAACGCUCGAGCCCUGAACGGCUUCACUCCUCUACACAUCGCCUGUAAGAAGAACAGAGUGAAAGUGAUGGAGCUGUUGGUCAAGUAUGGAGCCUUUAUUCAAGCUAUCACUGAGUCUGGUCUCACACCCAUCCAUGUGGCAGCUUUCAUGGGUCACCUCAACAUUGUUCUUCUACUACUGCAGAAUGGAGCUUCUCCUGAUGUCAGCAACAUACGUGGAGAGACAGCUCUGCACAUGGCCGCCCGUGCUGGACAGGUGGAGGUUGUUCGCUGUCUGUUGAGGAAUGGAGCCAUGGUGGAUGCCAGGGCAAGAGAGGAUCAGACUCCGCUGCACAUUGCGUCUCGUCUGGGUAAAACGGAGAUCGUUCAGCUGCUGCUGCAGCACAUGGCUCACCCGGACGCUGCCACCAUUAACGGCUACACGCCGCUUCACAUUGCCGCACGCGAGGGGCAUCUUGAUGUCACAACUGUGCUGCUGGAGGCCGGUGCCGCCCACUCAUUAGCUACCAAGAAAGGGUUCACACCUUUACAUGUGGCAUCAAAGUAUGGCAGCCUGGAUGUGGCCAAACUGCUUCUGCAGCGACGGGCCCCUCCGGACUCAGCAGGGAAGAACGGUCUCACUCCUCUACAUGUCGCUGCUCACUAUGAUAACCAGGAGGUGGCACUCCUGCUUUUGGACAAAGGGGCCUCACCCCAUGCCACAGCCAAGAAUGGAUACACUCCUCUGCACAUUGCAGCCAAGAAGAAUCAGAUGGAAAUCGCCAGCACUCUCCUGCAGUAUGGAGCUGAGACCAACAUCCAGACUAAACAGGGUGUUACCCCGCUUCAUCUGGCUGCACAGGAGGGUCACAGUGAGAUGGCCACCCUGCUUCUGCAGAAAGGGGCUCACGUCAAUGUGCCCACCAAGAGUGGACUUAUUCCCCUUCAUCUUGCUGCCCAAGAAGACAAAGUCGGUGUUGGCGAGAUCUUAGUCAAGCACGGUGCCAAAUUGGACCAACAGACAAAAUUGGGAUACACGCCUCUAAUCGUCGCCUGUCACUAUGGAAACGCUAAGAUUGUUAAUUUUCUGUUGAAGAACGGGGCAAAUGUUAAUGCGAAGACAAAGAAUGGUUAUACACCGCUACAUCAGGCCGCACAACAAGGCAACACGCACAUCAUCAAUGUUUUACUCCAGUUUGGAGCCAAACCCAAUGCCAUCACUGUGAAUGGAAACACGGCUCUGGCCAUCGCCCGUCGCCUUGGUUACAUUUCUGUGGUUGACACGCUGUGGGUGAUCACAGAGGAAAUUAUCACUACUACAACGACGGUGACAGAGAAACACAAGUUAAAUGUGCCAGAAACCAUGACAGAAGUGCUUGACGUGUCUGACGAAGAGGGUGAUGACACAAUGACAGGUGACGGUGGCGAGUACUUGAGGGCCGAAGAUUUGAGAGAGUUAGGAGAUGAUUCUUUACCUGGUCAAUACCUGGACGGCAUGAACUACCUGCGCUUCAGUUUAGAAGGAGGACAGUCUGACAGUCUGGACAGAUCUUACACACACACUCACCAGAACUACUACCCUGCAAGGCAUUAUGGGGUGAUGGAAGAUAUGAUUUAUGGUAACCAGGUGUCUUCUCUAGCAAGAGAGAACGAGAAAGACUCGAACAGACUGAGCUGGGAAAAUGAAAACCUGGAUAAUAUUGCGCUCUCCUCAAGUCCUGCUCAUUCUGGCCGUUGUUCUCCGUGUCAUGACAACAGCAGUUUCUUGGUCAGCUUCAUGGUGGACGCCCGCGGAGGUGCAAUGCGAGGGUGCCGUCACAACGGCCUUCGAAUCAUCAUUCCACCAAGAAAAUGCAGUGCUCCUACACGGGUUACCUGUAGACUGGUGAAAAGGCACCGGUUGGCGACUAUGCCCACCAUGGUGGAGGGAGAGGGUCUGGCUAGCAGGCUGAUCGAGGUGGGACCCUCUGGAGCGCAAUUCCUUGGUAAGCUCCACCUCCCUACUGCCCCGCCCCCUCUGAACGAGGGCGAGAGUUUGGUUAGCCGCAUUCUUCAGCUGGGGCCACCAGGCACAAAAUUCCUGGGGCCGGUGAUCGUGGAGAUCCCUCACUUUGCAGCUCUGAGAGGGAAGGAGAGAGAGCUGGUGAUCUUACGCAGUGAGACGGGAGAGAGCUGGAAGGAGCAUCACUGCGAGUACACUGAAGAAGAGCUCAACCAGAUACUCAAUGGCAUAGAUGAGGGACUGGAUCCACCGGAGGAGCUGGAGAGAAAGCGCAUCUGUCGCAUCAUCACUCGAGAUUUCCCACAGUACUUCGCAGUGGUGUCGCGCAUCAAACAGGACAGUAAUCUGAUUGGUCCAGAAGGUGGAAUUCUGAGCAGUACAGUAGUCCCACAAGUCCAGGCUGUGUUCCCAGAGGGAGCGCUCACUAAACGCAUCCGUGUCGGCCUGCAGUCUCAGCCCAUGUGUGUGGAUGUGGUGAGGAAGAUCUUGGGUAAUAAAGCCACAUUCAGUCCUAUAGUCACUCUGGAGCCUCGAAGGAGGAAGUUUCAUAAACCCAUCACCAUGACGAUCCCCAUUCCGAUGAGCUCUGCUGACCCAAUCCGCAGCGGGUUUGGAGGCGGCGAUACACCAACAUUACGCUUGCUAUGCAGCAUCACAGGUGGGACUAUUCCUGCUCAAUGGGAGGAUAUCACUGGGACUACACCAUUAACUUUUAGCAAUGAUUGUGUGUCCUUUACAACAAAUGUAUCUGCCAGAUUCUGGUUGAUAGACUGCAGGCAGGUGCAGGAGUCGGUUAACUUUGCCACUCAGGUGUAUCGAGAGAUCAUCUGUGUACCAUACAUUGCCAAAUUCGUCAUCUUUGCCAAGACGCACGACCCUAUUGAGGCUCGACUGCGCUGUUUCUGUAUGACCGAUGAUAAAAUGGACAAAACGUUGGAGCAACAAGAGAACUUUACAGAAGUGGCACGCAGUCGAGACGUGGAGGUUCUAGAGGGAAAGCCAAUCUUUGCAGACUGUUUUGGAAACCUGGUCCCCCUGACAAAAAGUGGCCAGCAUCAUGUCUUCAGCUUCUACGCCUUUAAAGAAAACCGACUGGCUCUUUUCAUCAAAAUACGAGACAACACACAAGAGCCUUGUGGACGAUUGUCCUUCACGAAAGAUCCAAGAUCUUAUAGGAGUUUGACUCAUGGUGCCAUAUGUAAUCUAAACAUCACACUACCAGCUUACUCGAAGGAAUCAGAUUCAGAUCAAGAACCUGAUGAGGAGACAAGCCGAACACUUGAGAAAUAUGAUGAAGACACUGAAACUUCAACAGAAACAUUCCUGAAAACACAGUUGAUUCGAGACUCUCCUGCUCUCGCAAGUCCAGAUUUACUCUCUGAAGUGUCAGAGAUGAAGCAAGACCUUAUUAAAAUGACUGUUAUUCUGAUCACUGAUUCAUCUGACAAAGAAAGUCAUUUUCAAGGGGAUUAUUUAGAUAAGGGGGCGGAGGAGGUGUCAGCAGAACCAUUUGAAAUAAUGGAAAAGGUCAAAGAGGAUUUGGAGAAAGUUAGUGAAAUUCUGAGGAGUGGAAAAUGUGAGAAGGAAGAGUCCACCGAAACAAAGAGUUGGCCGUAUAGGGAAGAUGAGGGCUGGGUUCUCCUAACCGAUGUUGAAAUUGAAGAAGCCAAAAUGAUGGCUGCCUUUGCAUCUCAAGAAUCACUUUUAAAGGAAGUUAGAGUUAACCGAGGGUCACAGAGAUCAAAGGGUGCUAGGGACACAUCUGGCAUGCAGACGGUUCCUGGUGUUGAAGUGAAGGAAUAUCUAUUGGAUGCGCCUGAAACAUCUAGGACUGUAUCCCAAGAAACUGUGUCACAGCAAAGGUUCACUGAGGUUGUUCUGCGCAGGGGUGGUCAAAAAAAUGUUGCAACAGUAGCAAAAGACCCUAAACCUCAUACAACAGAAGUGAAAAAGCCUCUCAGGAAGAAAGGCCCUCAAGGACACGCAGAUGAAACCCAGUCAUGUAGUACAAAAGAUGGCAUUGUCAGUAAGAGCACUGGGAAGUCUUCCAAAGGAGAUGCCUUACUGCCUGCCCCUAAAGACCCAAAAAAAUCUCCUGUGUCACCAGUGGUUGAGGAGACACCAAUUGGUUCGAUUAAAGAGAAAGUUGAAGCUCUUCAAAAGAAAGUAGAAGAAGAGCAAAAGGACCAUAAAAAGCAAAUAGGCCAGAAAACACCAUAUAAAGCAGCUGAAAGCAAAGCAUCAUCUGUUGUCAAAGACAAAAUAUCAGACCAGACAAAAUCAUCUGCUUCACCCCAAAAACAGACACCUCCCAGAUCAACAAAACCUGAGCCUGAGAAACUAGAAGAAACUAUGUCUGUAAGAGAACUAAUGAGAUCAUUUCAAACUGGCCAAGACCCCUCUAAGAGAAAGUCUGGCCUCUUUGAAAACAAAGGACCUUCCAAAAUGAAAUGCCAACCAGAGGCCCUACUCCCAAAGUCAGCAAGUCUUCACCAAGAACCCUCACAUGAAGAAGUGUCUCAUGAUGUUGUGAAGCCUGAAGACCACCACAAAGAAAAGCAACUCGAAAUUACUUCACAAUCAAAACUCUCUAAAGACUUUAGAGAAGAUACAGAAGCAGAUCAAAAAGCAAUUUCUCAAAAUGUGUCAAAACACAGCAGAUACCUUUUACCUGAUACUGGUACAGAGGACAGUUCUGACAGCCUUAAACACGAAGUAUUGUUAGACUCGCCCAAUGCCAGUCUUGGUGAAGUGGAAGCCCCAGUGAGUUCUGAGGAAAGUUACAAAUAUGAGGGCAUGGUUGAGACUCCAGAGACAAGCCCUGAGAGACUUUCAUUAUCACUCAAGGAACCAGCACAGUUUGUGCUCAGAAAGACUACUGGGGUGAAGACAACUGAUGAAGCCUCAAUUCGUGUAACAGCAGUGGAUGAUCCUACAAAAAGUGAGUCCAUGUGCAUUCCUCAUGACAAUGUUACAUUUGGGGAUGAAACAACAUCUAUAGCUAAAGACAUUGUUUCUGUAUCAUCCAAGCCCUCUAAAUCUCGAAAACUGACAAAAAGAGCAUCUGAAACAUUAGAGAGCUUUUUAAGCGAUGAUGAAACCUUUGAUGGUCAGCCAACACCAACCUCUACUGACUCCCUGGGCCCAAGAGCAGCUACACAGGAUCAUAGUGGUUUAGUGCUGCCCCUUAGACACCAAGAUUCAGAGACCCUUAGUCCAGUAGCUGAUGACUCUUUUACUAUUAGCCAUGCAGACUCUUUAGAGGGUAGUCCUUUGAUGGAAGACAACUCUUCCAAUAAUACCCCAGACUCUAUUGAGCCUAGUCCAACAAAAGAGUCCCCUUGCCGUGACUCCUUAGAAAGCAGUCCCAUAGAGCAGAAAACCAUCCUGGCUUUUCUACCUACAGUAGAACAACAAAAUGUGACCACAUCGCACCUGACAUCCUCCAAAGCCCCUGAAAUUCCCCCAGACAGUUUGCAUAGUAGAAAUCUCAGAGAACAGGAGGGUAAUGCCGAUGAAGACAGUUGCAAGCAGACGUCCCUGAUGACAAGUUCUGGUAAGAGUCCUCUCUCACCUGACACAUCAAGUUCAGAAGAGGUAAGUUAUGAGGUCAAUCCCAAAACCCCAGAUCCCAUGGUCCUGAUUGUUCCCUUUAAGCCAUUAGUAAUUCCUGAGGAGGCAGUAGAAGAUGAAUUGAAGUGUGGCCUGACACAGAGGAAAAUAACUCCAGAGGAAGAGAUGUUUAAAAUGGCUACCAAAAUAAAAACAUUUAAUGAAAUGGAACAAGAUGAAAAAGAAAAAAAGAACAUUAGAAAAGAUAAUGAGUUCUCUCAGACAUUGGUAGAGUCUGAUGCAGGCGAUGACAGCAACAGACUGUUUGGGCUUUCAUCCAAACAUGAAACGUCUUCUGUGGAUGAUGUUGGCUUUAUUGAGCCCAAACAAGCAUCAGAGGUAGCACGAUCUGUUGAACCCAUCAUUAAAGUACAACCUCACUCUCCUUUUCCAGCAGGUAAACAUAAGAGCCCCCAAACAGCUGAAGACAUUCACCAAACCAUGACCCACAGUGCACCGUCUUUGGCUGAAUCAACAAUGGGGACACCUCUGUCUGUCUCAGACAAGCAUACCUUAAAACCUCAUGUCCCUCAUGAAUCUCACAGUGAGAAAUUUACGGACAAAGAAUGUAUUAAUUCAGAGUUAGUGCAGUUGAACAAAAAUGCCUCUAUUGGCAACAAAGCGGCUGCAAAUAAAACUGAUGAACAAAAAGAGGAAAACUUAAAAAAAUCCAAGGGAAGUCAAGAGCUUUACAGCCACGAACAGCAGAAUGAAGCAGAAAAUCGGCAAAAAGCUGACAAAUCGCAUAGUCAGGAAGAACGUAAUGUAACAGAUGAGGUUAAAGGUGAUUACAUGAGGCACACAGGGACAUCUUUUGUAGAUAUUUGUAGUGGCAGCCAUUACAUUGGGCCAGUUGUAAUUGGGCAAACAAACGAAACAUUUAAACCAGAAAUAGGCAUUUAUGAUGACACAGAGGAGGAUGAUGCUGAGGAGGAACCUCCUAUGACUGAAUCUAGAGGAGUUACAGCAAAAGCAGAGACAGAUGCCUGGAGUUCCAUGCGUGAGAAUGAUGAAGCAUUUGCAGCAAGAGUCAAAGAGGAAGAACAAAAGAUUUUGGGCCUGGUGGUUGAUCGGCCCUCCCAAGGGGCGUCUCCAGACACAACCCCAGGAAGAACACCUACUGAGGAGGGUACACCGACAAGUGAACAAAACCCUUUCCUGUUCCAAGAGGGAAAGCUUUUUGAGAUGACGAGAAGUGGUGCAAUAGACAUGACAAAAAGGAGUUAUGAGGAAGAAGGGUUUGCAUUUUUCCAAAUUGGAGAUCACCCCAUUGAAGAGGGCAUAGCAGAACUAGGAGGGGAUGAACCUGGUAGAGCGCCCAGAGAUGCAGUGAAUGAGAUCGGCUGCAACCUCUCCUUGCAGAUUAAGACAGAGGAGGAUGAUAAUCUCUCUAUAGAGGCUACAGAUUUAUCUGUCCAUCCCUCAGAUGAACGUAAUCUGCCUACAAAUACAAAGUCAGAUGCAUCAAAGACCAGAACCCCUAUUAAAUUGGAUGUUUCUGGCUCAACCAAAUCCUCAGAGAAAGACCAAACAAUAACAGAAACAGUAGAAGUUAAAUCAGCCAAAGAAGUGAAUGAGAGACAUUUAGUGUCUUAUCCUGGUUCUUCUGACAAUGUCAUAACUAAUAUCCAGACCGCAGUGUCAAUAGUUACUAGAUCAGUUUUUUCCCGACAGGACCAAGAGUCCUCAGAUUCCUCCCCAGAGGAUCAGCAUUCAGUUAUAGAACUACCUAAAACCCCUGAAAAGACCUCCCCUACCUCAGAAUCCAAAAAUAAACUUGCCUCCAAAAGACACAUUGCAGCCGCUCCAUCAUCUGCAACUAGAAAAUAUAUCACCACCUCCAAAGAGGAGGAGAAAACUAAAUCUAGAAUUCCCAUUAAGGCCAGCUCUCUCCGGUCCGAAUGUGGUUCUGAGGCAUCUGUGAAGCAUAUAGAACCUGCCAAGGAUAAGAAGUCAAAGUCGCAAAUAAAACCUGAAUCAAGGAGACAAUCUGAGACAGACACAGGUCUAUCCAUAAGCUCCAGCAUAACAAAGUCUUCCAAAGCCAAGAGCUUCUGUGAAAGUGGUUCCACCAAGACAACAACCAAAAAGGACCAGGGUCAUCCAAAAAGCACUGACUUGUCCAGCAAAGUUAAAACGCUACAAUCAAGACUACCAGUCAGGGGAAAGCCUGGCCAGCCAAUCCAAACCUCCACACCAACAAAAUCAAAAAAGGUCCAGCCCACUGACACAAACAAACAGUCUGUUGCAUUUUUUGAAGAGAUUAAUCAUGAGGCAGCUAAGGUAGUGGAAAGUUUGGCUCAGGCAGAGAAAGAAAAAGAGGGGGCUGGUGCAUUAUCUAAUGAUGAAAGCAGCACCAUUGAUGCCUUAGUAAUAGAGGGUGAACCUUUCCCUGACAUGCAAAUGCCUUUUCCUGAGGAUCCUUUGGUCAUUAGGCCUAGAUGGGACGACCCUGAUGAGAUGCAGAUGGAACGAAUCCCAGCUGAUAAAGUCCAAAGUCAAGUAGAUCCACAGGAUGAGGCUGACAGGAAAGAGGGUCGACUAGCUGUAAUUGCUGACCACCUUGGUUUCAGCUGGUCAGAAUUGGCUCGAGAGCUUGAAUUCAGUGAGGAGCAGAUCGGCCAUAUAAGAAAUGAGAAUCCUAAUUCACUACAAGACCAAAGCCAUGCACUCAUAAAGCUGUGGAAAGAAAGAGAGGGUACAAUUGUUGCAGAGAACACUUUGAUGAGGACACUUACAAAAAUAAAUCGUAUGGACAUUGUGCAUCUCAUUGAAACAAAGAUCAUCCAGUCCAGUCAGGACCAGUCAUCACACAUCUAUGCAGAAAUUGAGCAAACCAUUUCUCUGGAUCAUAGUGAAGGUUUUUCAGCUUUACAAGAGGACAUGGACAGCCCCAGGUUGGGUCGGCGAACAGAGGGCACACAAAGAGGGUCAGAACUUCCGAUGGCAUCUGUUGAGGAUCUAUCCUCCAAUGUAUCUACCCUUAACGGUAACCAGAAAGAGAGGUUGCAGUCAGACAACAAGAAGGGUUCAGAAGUGGUUGGAAGCUCAAUACAUAGUGGUUUUGAGAUGGUUGGACUGAGGCAACAGUUCCCAGGCACUAUCAAACAAGCAGAUGAGAUGCCUGAAAUCCCUCCUCAGACAGUCACAGAAGAGCAAUACACUGACCAGUAUGGAAACAUGGUGGUCAAAAAGCUGACCUUCUCUGAACCUUUUGCAUAUGGCGGAGCAACAGCCUCUGAGUUUGAGGAAGAGCCAGUCCAAGGUCGGAAAGUCGGCAAGGUCGUCAAAACCACGGUAGUGCAAGGUGAACGGGUGGAAAAACAAAUCGGAGACCCUUCGCUCUCUGUGGAUCUCCCCUCAGCCAAAGACGACUUUGAAAAGGCUUUGAACUUUGUAGGAGGCUUUGGGAAAGUGCACCUGCCUCAUUUAGUAGAGAGAGAAGUGUUUAAAGGGGAUGGAUCUGUGGUCAGAAGGAACCGCGUGCAUAAGACGUGCACACAGAAACAAACUGUAGUGAGAGAUGGCCAGGCCAAACAAACCCACCUGGAGCGACUGGAGGACACCCCUGAUACCCUGCGACCCAACAACCUGCAGCAGCAACCGCUUCAACUGCUUCAAUGCUACUGCACCCAGGAUGUGACCGAAGAACCAGACGCAGGACAAGAUUCAGAUGCAGGGUAGAAGGAAAAACAAAAAUAAGCCACAGCAUUUUGGUUGUGGUGAGCAUUUAACAAAGACCUUGCUAAUAUUUGGUCGUAGCCCUUUCUGUCCACCUCAACAACACGAAACAGUUCUUCGCUUUAAGACCCUUUUGGUUGAUCUUUUUUUAUCUUUUGUUAUUUAUUGCUUGGACAUUUUUAACUGCUUUUCGCUUGAAUGUCUUUCAUUUUCAUUGAGUUCUCAAUGAGAUCAUUUUGUGACCAAAGAUAGCUUUAUCUUCUGAAUUGCGGAGUGAAUUGUAUGAAACAUUGAUGUUUCUUAUUUAUUGUGUCAUUUUUGGUUGAUGUGGUAGGAAGCUGAACUUAACAUUCCUGAUGAGAAGACCAGCUUAGACCAGCAUGAAUUCCAUGGCGGGUUUUAUGCUGGUCAUGCAUAGCCUUGCCUUUCACCAGAACAAAUGCUGGUCAACUAGCAUGGUAUUGCUGGUUAAACUAGUUACAAAGCCUCCAAAACAAAACUUGUGCUGGGUACCUUUAAUGCUGGUCUUUUCCACAGGGAUAAUGAUGAAAAAUGAGUAUGGGUCCAUUUUUUUUGCUGACCUCAUAGUCAAGCCACUAAAGGUGUGAAGACUUUUGUAAAUAAUGGACAACACGUGUGUGGACUUUGACAUAAAAUGUUAACAUAAAACAUAAGUAUACUCUACUGUCUCCUGUAAUUGCUGUACAACUCCACAAAUGAACUGCUGUGAUUAUAAACAUGCCCGAUUACUUGUCCAAAACCUCAUCAAAUAUCAAUACUUUUGGUCUUGUGAGUUUCUAACCGCAGUUAUUAACGUGCAUUAACCAGAUAUCUGAAAUAACGGUCUAUUUGAAUACACCCCCCCCCCCCCACAUACAUAUUUUCACCAAUAAUCAAGCAGUUCUUUCUAAAUUCUUAGUGAAAGAAAGCUUGUAAUGUCUACACAUCCAUUAUCAUUCUGUUUGUCAUUUUGUUUGACAUCUUUGUUUUAGUGUAACGGCCCUAUCAUAUUUACUUCUUUAAAGAAGAAUGUGCAGAUUUAGACUUUUAAUUUGUUCUGUUUUUAAAAGGGAUAGUCAAGAUCACCCAAAAAUGUAAAUUGCAGGUAUUAUACCCAAGGAAGCAGUGGAGGAAGGUAUAGCCUAAUUUGAAUGUGAAUCAUUUGAAUUGCUCCAAUUUAUUUUAAUAUAUUUUGCAUUUUUUAAAUGUUUUGAGAAUAUAAUGCAAAAUGCUCAAUUACAGCAGUUGGCAUUGGAUAUAUUUGUUUCUUCAUGCUUGUUAUAAUUACAAUACACUACAAUACAAGCACAAUUUAAACGACUCCGCUUUUUACCCUAGAUACACAUCAGGCUUUUAGCAGUUGAUAGUACAAAUAAUACUAGCAAUAUACAAUUUGAACAGGCUAAUAAUGUGAUGCAUGUCAAGGGUGUGCAAGUGUAUAUGUCUGUGAUAUUGUGCCCAGUUAUCAUAUUGCAUUGACAAAUAAUCUGCUUUAUUUGUAACAGACAAUAGCAUGCACACUUGAAAGAGUUUGAUUCAGAAUUCAGAACUGGUUUGGGCUAACCCUGGAUUAUUCAGUCCUAUUCAGACUAUAUGUUGUUUACUUUGUAAUACAAAGUGAGGAAAAUAAAAAGUGAAAAAAUCUGAAAUUUUGUUAACCAUAUUCUGUGGCGAUGGCAGCAUAUAGCAUGUAUUGGCAAAAAUAAUUCAUGAAAACCGCAGCUGCAGUGGGUAAUAAACUGUACAUGAAUAAACAAAUUUUCUU